GACUCUACGAAAGUAGUUCACUGUUAUUCGAGAAUGUAGCAAACUUGUAGGGUUUUAAGUUUCAUUAGAUAUUAAUUAAAGUGAGGUUGUGAGUCUAUUGGAAAACAGAUAAGAAGAGGAUAUUUUUAUGUGUAAUUAUGACAACUAGUGCUGUGACUUUUGUUGAUAAACGAUUAUGUUAUACAGGACAGAAUUGCCAAAUGAUUCCACAAUCAUUAAUGCAUAUAUACGGCCCAAAAGUUGAAAGUUUGGACUUGAGCUACAACGAUUUAGUAAGUAUUCGCGGCAUAGAAGAUUUUCCAAAUUUGAAAGAACUGAUACUCGACAAUAAUCAACUAACGGACCUCAUUGUUGUGCCAUACCUUCCUCAGUUGCAUACGCUGUCACUGAACAAAAAUAAAAUUGAAGAUCUUCCAUCAUUGCUGUCGAAAAUAUGUACAAAUUUACCCAAACUUACCUACUUAAGCCUGCUCGGCAACAAGGCAUGUCCCAAUGAGUUAUCAGGAGACGAAAACGACGAGAAUGAUUAUCAGAGAUACAGGUGCUAUGUCCUGUACCACAUAAAAAACUUAAAAUUCUUGGACUCUAGGAAAGUAAACGACACGGAAAGAUGUGAAGCUUUACGUCGUGGGAAAUUCAUGAACGUUAUUAAACCCAGUAGAUCGGCAUCAUUGACAGAUAUAGAAGUACCACGUAAUAUAGAAAACAACCAUUUUAAUCCUCUUCCAAAAAAUAUUAGGUGUCCUGAUGAUUUCAAAGGUGUUUAUGGAAAAUGCCAAUAUAGGUAUAGCGGAAAACAUUCAGAAGGCAAUCGUUUUAUAUCCAAUAAUGACUUAUAGUGGACAUAUUUAUAUUUUAUAAUAAAUUUUUAUACUUUG